AUGCGGCAAUUGGGGUUUGUUGCUGCGCUCGUUGGGUUGAGCUCCCUGGUCUCGCUGCCGGCACUGGUCGGCGCUCAGGGCGUGACCGAGAUUCAUGAAAAGGGCCGCUGUGCGAUCCGCGGGCACUGCGGGAAACAAUCAAUCUUUGGUGGCGAGCUGCCUUGCCCCGACAAUGGACGGGCGCAGCAGCCAGCGGAUGAGGUACGGCAGAAGCUGGUCAAGCUGUGCGGUCCCAGAUGGGAGGAGGGACCUGUCUGCUGCCUCGAUGAGCAGAUUGAUGCACUGUCGAGCAACUUGAAGCUGGCUGAGGGUAUCAUUGCCUCCUGUCCAGCCUGCCGUACCAACUUUUUCGACAUGUUCUGUACUUUUACCUGCUCGCCUGACCAGUCGCUCUUCAUCAACGUCACGCAGACGGAAGAAGCCCACUCGGGCAAGACACUAGUGACCGAGUUGGAGAAUAUAUGGUCUGAAGAGUACCAGAGCGGUUUCUUUGACAGCUGCAAGAACGUGAAGAAUGGUGCUUCUGGCGGGAAGGCAAUUGACUUCAUCGGUGGUGGUGCGAAGGAUUACGCGCAUUUCCUGAAGUUCCUCGGCGACAAGAAGUUCCUGGGUAGCCCAUUCCAGAUCAACUAUCGGACCGAGCCCAGAGGUCCCGACUCGGCUGGUAUGAAGGCGUUGCCUAUGAAGCCAAAAGCCUGCAAUGACGCUGACAAAGCGUAUCGUUGCUCUUGCGUCGACUGCCCUGACGUGUGUCCCGAGUUGCCUGCUGUGUCUAGUCAAACCUCCUGUCAUGUGGGUCUUUUACCAUGUCUAUCCUUUGCUGUCAUCAUCAUCUACUCCGCAUUUCUCACGCUCGUGAUGGGCCUCGCGAGCUAUGUUACAUACAAGGAACGUCGGUUCCGCAAGCCCGAGCGAGUGCGCUUACUCCAGGAUCCCACGCCCAGCGAAGAUGAGGACGAAGGCGAGGUUGUGCAUCGCGGCGGCUACAUGGAACAGCCCCAGGGUGUUUACAAGCCAAACUCCCUUUUGUCUGCUCUGUUUCACCGCAUUGGUGGAGCCUGUGCUCGAUUCCCAGCGGUCACAAUCGUCUCCAGCUUUGUUGUCGUGGUCCUACUUAGCUUGGGAUGGCUGCGAUUUACUGUUGAAACGGACCCCGUGCGCCUCUGGGUGAGCCCUUCAUCUGCGGCCGCUCAAGAGAAAAUGUUCUUUGAUGAAAGCUUUGGGCCAUUCUACCGAGCCGAGCAAGCCUUUUUGGUGAAUGCAAGCGGCCCCGUUCUGGAGUAUGACACCCUUGCAUGGUGGUUUGAGGUCGAGUCCCGCGUGCGGCGAAUGAUUUCGCUGGACCAGGGCCUGAAUUUGGACGAUAUCUGCUUCAACCCAACCGGCGAUGGCUGUGUAGUGCAAUCCCUGACCGGAUACUUUGGUGGCUCCAUCGCUAACCUGGACCCCGGCACGUGGCAAGCUCGGCUGCGUCACUGCACCGAAUCACCCGGUGACCCCAGCUGUCUCCCUGACUUUCAACAGCCUUUGAAGCCGGAGAUGAUUUUGGGUGGGUAUGACAGCACUGGGGAUGUUCUGGACGCCGAAGCGCUCAUCGUGACCUGGGUGGUGAAUAACUUUGCUCCGGGCACUGACGGUGAAGAGAAAGCAAUCGACUGGGAGAACAGCUUCAGGCGCAUUUUCGAUGAUGUCCAGGCAGAGGCUGCUGAACGUGGCCUUCGCGUUUCUUUCAACGCAGAGGUAAGCCUCGAGCAGGAAUUGAACAAGUCUACCAACACCGAUGCGAAGAUAGUGGUUAUCAGCUACGUGAUCAUGUUCAUCUAUGCUUCUCUGGCUCUGGGGUCUGCCACCGUCACCUGGCGGUCUCUCUUGACGAAUCCCGCCAAUGCACUCGUGCAGUCCAAGUUCACUUUGGGUAUUGCCGGCAUCUUGAUUGUGUUGAUGUCUGUCUCUGCCUCGGUGGGGUUAUUCUCAGCGGCCGGGGUGAAAGUGACUCUCAUCAUUGCCGAGGUCAUCCCGUUCUUAGUUCUGGCAGUGGGCGUGGACAAUAUCUUCUUGAUCGUCCAUGAAUUCGAGCGUGUCAACUUUAGUCACCCUAAUGAAGAGGUCGAUGAGCGAGUGGCUCGCGCCGUCGGCAGAAUCGGACCCAGUGUCUUUCUGUCUGCCGUGACCGAGACCGUGGCAUUUGCUCUAGGCGCCUUUGUAGGCAUGCCUGCCGUCAAGAAUUUUGCUGCGUACGCAGCGGGUGCGGUGUUUAUCAACGCCAUUCUGCAGGUCACCAUGUUCAUCUCCGUACUUGCUCUUAACCAGCGGCGCGUGGAGAGUCUUCGCGCCGACUGCUUCCCGUGCCUUACCGUUCGGAAAGCGAACUCCUUUGGCUUGCCCAAUGAACACAUCUACGAUGACCACGAAACAGAGAGUGCUCUUCAGAGCUUCAUCCGCCGCGUCUACGCCCCAUUCAUUCUCGAUCGGCGCGUGAAAGCAGGAAUUGUCAUCGUCUUCCUGGGCCUCCUGACUGCAGGUCUCGCCUUGAUCCCGGAGGUAGCCCUGGGCCUCGAUCAGCGAAUCGCACUUCCAAGUGACUCCUAUCUCAUCCCAUAUUUCAAUGACCUUGAUGCUUAUUUCCGCACUGGGCCUCCGGUUUACUUUGUGACUCGUGAUGUCAACGUGACCGAGCGAAAGCACCAGCAACAGCUUUGUGGGCGAUUCACUACCUGCGAAGAAUAUUCCUUGCCGUUUGUCUUGGAACAGGAAUCCAAGCGGCCGAACGUAUCUUACCUUGAGGGAUCUGCGGCAAGCUGGCUUGAUGACUUCUUCUACUGGCUCAAUCCUCAGCAAGAUUGCUGCAAAGAGGACGGCAAGCUUUGCUUCGAGGAUCGCAUCCCACCGUGGAACCUGACCCUCUAUGGAAUGCCGACAGGGCCCGAGUUUAUCCACUACGCUGAAAAAUGGAUUCAUGCUCCUACCGAUGCUUCGUGUCCUCUUGGCGGCAAAGCACCCUACAGUUCUGCAGUGGUGAUCGAUGAGGAACACACCAUGAUCAACGCUAGCCAUUUCCGAACGAGCCACACUCCUCUGCGAAGCCAAAAUGAUUUCAUCCAGGCGUACAUUGCGGCUCGACGAAUUGCCGACGGAAUUUCUCAAGAAUACAAGAUCGAUGUCUUCCCGUACUCGAAGUUCUAUAUCUUCUUUGACCAGUACGUCUCUAUUGUGCAGCUGACGGGCACUCUCCUCGGAUCGGCAGUAGCCAUCAUCUUCCUCUUGACAUCUGCUAUUCUCGGGUCGGUCGCUACUGGUGCGGUCAUCACUACCACAGUGGUGAUGACCGUGGUAGACAUCAUCGGCACGAUGGCUAUUGCCGGCGUUUCAUUAAACGCUGUGUCGCUUGUGAACCUGGUCAUCUGUGUGGGUAUUGGGGUGGAAUUCUGCGCUCAUAUUGCCCGCGCGUUCAUGUUCCCCUCACGAACUCUUCUGGAGAAAGCUCCCGCCCAGUUCCGCGGUAAGGACGCCCGUGCCUGGGCGGCACUGGUCAACGUGGGCGGAAGCGUGUUCAGCGGCAUCACCGUGACGAAGUUGCUGGGUGUUUGCGUCCUGGCGUUUACUCGCAGCAAGAUCUUCGAGAUUUACUAUUUCCGCGUGUGGCUGGCGCUGGUCGUGUUCGCCGCCACCCAUGCACUUAUAUUCCUACCGGUAGCUCUGAGCUAUUUCGGCGGCGGUGGAUAUCUCGACCCGGCCACUGACGGUGGCCUAGAGGCCAACCUUGUCUCGCGGGGCUACCGGUCAUUGCUGGUAGAUGAUGCUUACGACUCUGAUGAAUACUAA